AUGACUGACCAACUAUUUGCGUUUCAGGGACUAAUGUCUCCAAGACGCUACACACGUAGAUCCGCCUCGGCACCGUCUUCUGAGGUGCCUGAGCAGGCUGGGCUAAGCGAGAUAGAUCAGUUGCAGGCACAAGUGACCGCAUUGGUUGAUGUGGUGCAGCGCCAGGAGAGCCGUUUUGAGCGACUCCAAGAGCUUUUGGAGCGGCUGGCUGCGGUGGCGGCCGCAACGGCGACAGAUGGACGCGAUGUACCCGCACCCUCGACUCUUGUACCAGAAGCAGCGGAGGGUGAGGGUAUAGCGGCGGUUCUGGUGACAGCACGUCCCCCGUCGGCAAGUGUUCCUCCGGCGGCUUCAGGCUCGGCGACUCCUGAUGUAACGGCCGAGGACGUAGAAGGGGAACACGCAUUGGCGGCCCUUAUCAAGUUUAAGAAGUUCAAUCCGCCCAUCUUCGAAGGGGAGAAGGUAGAGCCGGCAAUGGUCGAGUCGUGGAUUGACUCGAUGGAAACGCUCUUCGAAGACUUACGCACCUUGGAGAGAGAUAGGGUGUACCUUGCCACCCACCGCCUAGAGAAAGCGGCGAAGGUGUGGUGGAAGCAAGUGAAGCGUGAUCGGCUUCCUGGCCAUCCGCCGAUGUUGUGGGAGGAGUUCAAGAGGGCAGUGUUUGCCAACUACCCCCCCGACACGUUGAAGCGGAAGCUCCAAGAGAAGUUCCGCAAGCUACAGCAGGGGGACCACUCCGUGGCGGAGUAUGAGCAGGAAUUCUCCCACAUCAUAGACUGUGUCCCGGAUGUAGUGAGAGAUGACCGGGACCAGGCCGACUGGUUCUUACGAGGACUUCGGCCGGUGAUCUACAUGGCCGUGCAGAUACUCAAGUUUACGACCUUUGCGGAGGUCUUCGACCGGGCGCUUUGGGCAGAACAUGGUGACGCCCAUGUCCGGGAAAAGCGCGAGUUGUUGGCUGAAUCCAAGGAUAAAGGCAAGAAACGCCAAGGCGGCGGUAGUUCGGUUGGUCAGACACGUUACAAGAAACCCCCGAAGUAUCCGCAGACUCAAUAUGAGGGCCGUGGAGCGCGAUGGUGUUUCAUAUGCAAUGGAGACCACCUAGUGUCGUGUUGUGAGCAGCGCCAAGGCAAGUGCUACAAGUGCGGGCAACCGGGGCACUUCAUACGUGAUUGCCCGGGAGAAGGAGCUUCGCCUGCUCCAUCUAUUGCAUCGGCGCCGGUAGUUCCAGUUCAUUAUGGAGGAGCUCCACCGGCGGCAGCGUCAGUAGGACCCGCGAUGGCCCUGCGACAGGCCGAGAUGGCGCGAUCGGCCCCGAGCGGAAGGAUGUUUGCCGCUCAAGUGCAAGCCGAGGAGCCAGCUGAGGCGGAGGAGCAUCGCCUUGUGGCAGUACAAGUAGGUGACUGGAUAAUGCCCAUUAGGAUGCUAGAGCUCAAGAAUCUUAAAGAGUUCGAUGUCAUAUUGGGCAUAGACUAG